GCUAUUCAUCCAUUUUCUCUCACUAAAAGUCUCCAUGUCCACCCAUAGGAUUUAACCUUGAAUGUGACUAAAGAACAGAGAGAGUGGAAGAAAAAGCGAGCUUGAGGAAGGGGGUUAAGCAGAUCUGCAUAAACACUCUCAGAUAGUGAUUUAGUUCCCGUAGAAUCUAUCGGCAACAACAGUGACGGCGGCGAGAAGCGGCAGUGUUGGCCGCGAAAAUAAUGCAAAACCAGCUAUGGUCUUUACCGCUAACGACUUAUCGAACUGGGAAAAUUUCCCCAAGGGACUAAGGGUUCUUCUCCUCGACGGCGGAGUAGACGGCAUAUCCGCCGCCGAGACCCAAUCAAAGCUCGAGUCCAUGGACUAUAUUGUCACUAUAUUCACUGACGAAUCUGAAGCUCUCUCCGCCGUUUUCAAAAGCCCGGAGAGCUUCCACAUUGCAAUCAUCGAGGUGAAUACGAGUGUCAAGGAUGAGAGUUUCAAGUUUCUUGAAGCUGCCAAAGGCCUUCUCCCUACUAUAAUGAUUUCGGACGACCAUUGCAUCACAACUACAAUGAAGUGCAUAGCGCUUGGUGCUGUUGAGUUCCUUCAAAAACCGCUCUCACCGGAGAAACUAAAGAAUAUUUGGCAGCAUGUCGUUCAUAAGGCAUUUAAUGAUGGAGGAGCUAGUGUUUCGGAAUUACUUAAGCCGGUUAAAGAUUCUGUUGUCUCGGUGAUUAAUCUCGAUACCAAUAUGACAAUCGAUGAGAAAGAUCCAGCACCAUCAACCCCUCAGCUAAGGCAAGUUUCACGGUUACUAGACCAAGAGAACAUAAAUUUCUCGGUGGAAAAUGUAAACUCCUCGACCGAGAAAGAGAACACGGAGGAUCAUGACACAGGUGAAUCCAAAUCAGUCGACAUUACAGAUCUUGAAGACAAUGUGCUUGUCAGAGAAGAGAAAGGAGAUGGUGAAAAGGAAGAAGGAGAAGGCCAAACCGGAGAACAUAAACAAGAAGAAGAUGAAACCGGAGAUUCAGUGAAUUUUCAUAGGAAAGUAGAUGAGACUAGUAAACCUAUUAAUAAAUCAUCCGGGACCAAGAACUUGUCUAGUAACAAAGCUAGUCGAAAGAAGGUGGAUUGGACAGAAGGGCUGCACAAGAAGUUUGUACAAGCGGUAGAGCAACUUGGAGCUCAAGCGAUACCUUCAAAGAUUCUUAAAUUGAUGAAAGUAAAUGGCUUAACUCGACAUAAUGUAGCUAGCCACCUUCAGAAAUUUCGGAAGCGUAGGAGGAAUAUUCUUCCAAAGGAUGAUCAUAACCAUAGAUUUAUCCAACGGCAAUAUAACGGUUUUCAGCAACAACACCGCCCUGUAAUGGCUUAUCCCGUUUGGGGUCCUCCCGGUGUUCAUCCGCCUGGAGCAGUUUCACCUAUGUGGCCGCCAGCAUUCCCAUCCGCCGUUCAACUACCUCCAUGGCAUUAUAAACCACCUUAUCCAACGUUGAAUGGUAAUACUUGGGGUUAUCCGGUUGGACCACCGGUAACCGGAACAUUCAUUUCUACCCCGAUAACAGGAACAUUCAGUACUCCUCCGGCGACUCAGCUGGACGAGGAAAUGAUUGAUCAAGUAAUUAUAGAAGGGAUUAGCAAACCGUGGAUGCCGCCACCGCUGAGAUUAAAACGGCCGCCAGCCGAGAGCCUUUUAACUGAGCUUUCGCGUCUAGGCAUCUUGGCCGUUCCUUCUUCCUCUUGCCUAAUCAACGGCUCUCAUUGUCUAUGCUGACGUGUCCACAAAGCGGGACCCAUGAAAAUCAGGUGGGAUGACAUCAUGUGUGGCGUCCUUCUCCGUAUCUGACGAUACGAAGCGGGAACUGAUGAUUUUGGAGAGAGCGAGAGUUCAACUGUGUUUUAUUUUGUCAUCAAAUAUUUGGUUUUAUUAUUUUGUCAGCAAAUAUUUGGUUUUAGUAUAAACUUAUAAUUAUUAUCAAGAUGAAUCGGACGGCCGAAAAUGUCGGCCACGACGAUCGUUCGAGGACCACAAAAAGAACUCUGCGGCUGGAAAUACAUCCCGGACACGGGACUCUGAGUAGUUAGGGCAUCAUUAUUGGUGGGACAAAAAGAAAGUCCUUAGAUUAUUUUUAUAUUAUUUGUAUGUUUAGGACUUUGUUAAGGACAUUUGUUAAACGUGUAGAUUAUUGGUAGGACUUUUGUAGUUUCUUAUUUAAAAACAUGAAACAUUAAGAUUGAAA